AUGGAUAUCGGAUUAUUAUCAUUCUACAUUCGGCGACGUAUAAGCCAGAGUAAACCAUUACGUUACACUCUCUGGAUAAUUACCGCCCUUUUAUCUUUAAUAUUCAUCAAUAAAGUAUUUCGGGGUGGGAAUGUCACCGUGCCUAGUGGUGAUUCCCUGUACCAAGGGAUUUCGUCAUCGAAUCGUGAUUUGACCAACGAGGAGAUCAACACCUUGAUUGCCGGAGGCAAUUUGCUUCAAAAACACGAACUCCCGAAAUUUAGAUUGGCAAUGCCAUAUUUGAACAAUGAGGUCGAUGAACAGAACUACGAAUUCACCGGGGACGUGUUGAUCCGUAAUGACCAAUACGUCAGGCUCACUCUGUUGAAAAAACACCAGAAAUCGAGCUUUUUCAGUAAUUCGCAAGUAGACUUGCAGUCGUUCGUCAUGGAAUGGAAUUUCGCCCUUUCAGGCAAUGGAGAGGUUUCGUCACUUCAUGGUGAUGGUAUGGCGGUGUUGUUCAGCGAGUAUAAGUUGGAUCAAGGCGAGAUGUUCGGGGUCAAUGAGUAUUACAAAGGGUUUGGGAUUUACGUCGAUACCUACCGUAAUGGUAGAUCGGGGAUUUUCCCAUAUGUUUUGGCCAGUCGGAACGACGGGACUCAAAGAUAUGAUAAUGAUAAUGAUGGGAAAGCCAAUGAGAUUUCCGGAUGUAUUGCCAGAAGCUUAUGGAACCCAUCGAGUGGAGUGGUGAAGGCCCGGUUGGUCUACAUCGAAGACGGUUACGUUUCCUUGGACUUUGAUUACAAAAACGAAGGGGUAUGGACUAACUGUUUCACAUUGCAAGAGGUUUAUUUACCAGAGAAAUUCCAUGUAGGUUUCAGCGCCCAAACCGGGGAUUUAUCGGAGAUUGUCGAUAUUUUUGAAGCUCGUAUUUAUUCUUUGAAAGACCAUGAUGGCAAUCCAGUGACCGAAUUCCAAAAACUUGUGGACGUUAUGAAUGAUCCGUCAUCACCAGACAAGUUUGAAGAUGUCACCGAAGAAUAUCAGUUGGAUGACCAUACCAAGAGAAGACGGGUUGUUUCACAAAAGAAGGACGGCAAACAAAUGAGACGUACUCUUAAAAGAUUGAUAAACGCCGAGAAGCGGAUCAAGAAGGAAGCUGAGCAAAGAAGAGUGGAAAGAAGAGCCAAGAGAAGCGAAUGGUGGAAUAGCGUGAAAAAAUGGUUCUAUUUUAUGAUUGCCGCGGUAGUUUGCUACAUGGCGACGAUUGUUUAUCGGGUUCAGAAGAAGAAUAAUAUUAGACGUUCUAAAAACCAAGGGCUCAUUGUAUAA